AUGUGGGCGUUUGUGGAUGACAUGAUGGUGGGACUUUACGAGGCAGUGACAAUGAAACUGACAGCUACUCCUAGUAGAAGUAAUGGCCUUGACAUGGAUAACUAUUCUUGCGGUCAAUCUCUGCAGGAGGUUAAUGUCACUGUUUCCGUUCCUCGUGGAACAAAGUCCAAGUUAAUUGCAUGCGAAAUAAAGAAGAAUCAUCUUAAAGUUGGGCUCAAGGGUCAGCCUUCGGUUAUUGAUGGGGAACUCUUUCAGCCUAUCAAGGUCGACUACCGCUUAUGGAGCUUAGGUAGCCUGCAAACUGGUAAUCUGAUGUUAUUUGGUAUAAUGUUGGUGAGCAGGAGAUUGAUACCCAGAAAGCUGAACCUGGAAGCAGCAAAAUCACGGAUCUGGUCCCAGAAAAGGCGUUCAACAGUGGAAAAGAUGAUGUUUGAUCAACGACAGAAAUCCAUGGGCCUUCCGACUAGUGAUGAGAUGCAAAAACAAGAAAUUCUGAAGAAAUUUAUGGUUGCGGUUAAAUUUGAGAAAGCACUUCCACUUCUUCUUCACAUCCAGAAAUGGACUUCUCAGGGGCUAAGAUUUGCUGACGAGGUGGGAGCUUUAUGGAACAAUCUUGGAGGAUAUAACCACUUUGGACAAUCUUCUUAG